AUGGUUCAUAGUCAGAGAAAAAUACUCCGAAAUAUUGGCGCCCAUUUCCCGCCUUGCGUGUCAUCACAAAGUGUCGAGGAAAUCAGUUUAUGUUCUGCAAACAAAAUAACCCUUGUUUUUAUGGAUAUAAAACGUCUUACUGGUGAAGAUAAGCUCAAACUCAGCCGUACUUACUUCUUCGCUGGAAUCGGAUUUCUCCCUUUCCUCUGGUGGAUUAACGUUUUUUGUUUUCUAAAGGAGUUGUCUGCCCCACAGGCGUAUCCAGAGUCUAAGCUGAUUAGGAAAUUUUAA